CUACUGAGUGAUCGUCUAGAAGGAAUGGAAAAGCAUCAACAGCAGAUGCUUUCAUUCUUGGUCAUGGUCGUACAAUUCCCUGGAUUCAAGGCUCACUUGCUUCACACUAAGGAAAAUAACUGGCGGUUUGCACAAGAAGGGAAUAUGUGGGACUACAGUAGCCAAGAUGAUGAAGCGGUUCCGUCUGAUGGAGCGAUUAUAAAGUAUAAGCCACUUGUAAGUGAAACACUAAGGCCUGUAGCUAUGCGAUCUCGUGCCUUUGAAUCUGAAACUGAAAUUUCUGCAGAUGGAUUAAAAGACUUGUGCAUCAAUUAUAAGUUCUUGAAAUUACUCCUAGAUGAGAAAUUAUCUCCAUUAAAUAACCAUUCUCAGUUUUUCGUAUCGGAUUUACCUGAUGAUGGUUUGUGGGAAAAACUUUUUUUGGGCAGUCCUUUCCACAAAAACAUUGAAGAUACUGAUCAUGAAAAGGAGAGGCAUAAUGUUAGUGAAAUGGAGAUGGAACAUAUCAAGGAAACUCCUAGUGAAAGAUCUGCUUUUGAAGCAAUGAUAGUAGAAAUGGAGAAAACUCAAGCAUUAGUUUGA